AUGGUUUAUCAAAAGGAAAUCCAGACACAAUCUUUUACAAAUGUUCGUUCGAAAAUCUCUGGUACAUAUCUUAUCCGUGUGAAGAAUGAUAGUGAACUGAUUGAAGUGUAUUGCGAACAGAAAUCGUUCGGCGGUGGGUGGAUCGUAUUUCAGUACCGUUACGACGGAUCACUGGACUUUUAUCGUGAGUGGAAUGAGUUUCGUGACGGAUUUGGUGAUUUAAACAAAGAGUUUUGGUUGGGUCUUGAGAAGGUCCAUCAGAUAACAAGUGGCCGUAAGCAUGAAUUGGUCGUUGAAUUAAAAGACUUUAAUGGAAGAUUCAAAUACGCGCGGUUUGAUUCAUUCGAAAUAGGAAGUGAAAGUGAGCAAUACAACUUGAAGGAUAUCGGCGAGUAUAGUGGCACUGCAGGUGAUAACAUGUCUCCUUUGAAGGGUGUGAAGUUCUCAACCAAAGUUCGGGAUAAUAAUGUGGGCCCCGUACAUUGUGCACAGCAGUACGAAGGUGCAUGGUGGCACUGUAACAUAUGGUUUUGUGUCGAAGAGAAUUUGAACGGGCGCUACAUGAAUGCCGUCGAUCUUAAAUCAAUGCAUUGGCGGCAUUUCAAUGAAAUGUUUCAAGGAUUGAGUUAUUCGCGACUGAUGAUCCGGGAGAAGGAAUAGUGUUUCCAGUCGGACCAAUGGUGCAGUGAAAUGAAUGGAAAAUCAACAAUCCCGAACCGAAACAAAAUAAAAUGCAUAUUUUGAAAUUAAUUUCAGAAAGUCUUUUAAAUGAAGAAAAUAUUAGCUUCCUACAGCUCAAUCCCAAAAUUCAUCCGAAACACAAUUCCAGAGGUGAAGAAUAAAGAAAGAAACUCGGAAAGAACAAAAUAAAUGGAUGCACUCGCUGUGCCCUAAUCUCUCACCGAGGGUUUGCUGAUUUCCCUUUUUCAGCCGUAUGAUUACCUCCGAAUCCUAUACAACGAUGGUAUUCCAUGUGACUUCUUAGUUUCGCUAUCAGCAGCUGUUUCUACUUAUUCUAACCC